AUGCACAUGGCGACAUGGGAGUCCGACGGGACAGUCAUUCAGAUCUCCUGUGAUGGAAAAGAGGUCCCCACAGACGUCACAGGUUUUCCGCCCGACGGGGAUCUCCUCGAAGAUGAUGAACGCGUUGUCGAUACUGGGAAUGAGCAACCCGACGUUUGGGAGCCCAGAGAAAGAAGUCAUUCCUCCUCUAGCAUGAGUAUCGAUAUCUGGGAAUCGUCGUAG